GGUAGGUGGCGGCAUGCACGUGUGAACUUGCGAUCCUCCCAUUUACCACUGAAGAAGAACAAGGUGAAGAAAGAGGAGGGGGAGUUUGAUGAGGAAUGAGUUGCAUGUGGACAGCAUGACACACGAAACAGCGUCACAGCUUUCCGUAGAUGACAGCUGGAGCUUGAAGUAUGUCAGCGGUGAUCUGUUCUCCUGCCCUAAGGAUGAGGCUCUGGCUCACUGUAUCAGUGAGGACUGCCGCAUGGGGGCAGGCAUUGCCGUGAUGUUCAAGAAGGAGUUCGGCGGAGUAGAGGAGUUGAAAAAACAGAAGAAGAUGACAGGCCAGUGUGCUGUACUGAAAACAAAAGGACGCUUUGUUUACUAUCUGAUCACAAAGAAAAGGGCCAGCCAAAAACCCACUUACGAAAGUCUUAGUUACAGCUUGGAGGACAUGAAGUCACACUGCUUGAUGAAUGGAGUAACAGCGAUAUCAAUGCCUCGGAUUGGUUGUGGCCUUGAUCGGCUGGAGUGGAGAAAAGUGGCUGAGAUCCUGGAACAGGUUUUCAGAGCCACUGACAUAUCCAUCACAGUCUACAGCCUUCCGGAGAAAGCCGAGACCACAGUGAUGAAAGAGCACAUGCGUAAAAAGUAAUGGAAAUGUUCACUACGUUGAUGUUUAAUAUAUGCAAGGAUAUGGAGUUAUCCACCAUACCUCUCUUUUACUAUGUUAUGUGACCAAAUGUUUCCUUUUUUCCUUUUUUUUACUGUACAAACAACGUUAUGUUGUAUAGAUUAAACUGAAAUAAAGUUAUUUUGCACAUGAAAGUCA